UCUUCUUAUAUUUAUUUUUUUUAUUAUUUAUUUUAUAAAACAAAAAAAAAAUUUAUAAAUAAUAAUUGAAUGUAUUGGUAGUUAUUGCUUCUUCUUUUUUCUUUUUUAUUAUAUAUACCAUUCUUCGUCCUAUUUUCUGAUAAUUAAAAAAUGGCGGUGGAUCCUAAAGAUAUUGCUGCUUUAACACCAAAGUUUCUCAGUACUGUAUAUAAACAUUUUAAAAAUGAUAUUCCUGAUUCAAAUUGGGAUUUAAAAUUACAUUUAGGUGUUACAAUGCUUCGUUCAUUUCUUCAAAGGGGUAAACAUAAAACGAUCGAAAAACAUCAAAAAUUUCUUGGAAAAGCUCAUAUACCUUCUUCUCCUUCUGUAUCUGUUAAAAAAACUAUUGUACCUGAAACUUGUCGUUCUCAAGCUGAAGAUAUUAUGGCUGGUUUAUUAAGUGGUCAAGAAGAAAAAGUUGGUUGGAGAUGGAAAGAAGAUCCUAUGAAACAAUCCCCUCUUAAAGGUGAAUGGGUUGAGGCAAAGAAUAGAAAGAAAUUAACUUCCGCUGAUAGAGUAAUUUUAUAUAUACAUGGUGGUGCUUAUUUUAUGGGUAGUGCCGCUCAACAUAGAUUUUUAAUACAAAAAGUUGCUAAAGCUAGUGCCGCUAGAGCUUUUAGUAUUGAUUAUAGAUUAGCCCCUCAAUCCCCUUUUCCUGCUGCUGUUGUUGAUUCUUUGGCUGCUUAUCUUUAUUUAAUACAACCUCCUGCUGAUGCUGGUUUCGAUCCUAUAAAUCCAAAACAAAUUGUUAUCAUGGGUGAUUCUGCUGGUGGUGGUUUGGCUUUAUCUUUAAUGCUCGUUUUAAGGGAUGCAGGUCUACCUCAACCUGCUGGUGCUGCUUGUUGGUCUCCUUGGGUUGAUCUUUAUCAUUCUUUACCUUCUAUAUUUUCAAAUGGUCCAACUGAUUAUAUACCAAAUGGUUUUGUACAUAAAGCUUCUCCUGCUAAUCCAAUAAAGGAUUAUAAAAAUAUUCAACAAAGAUUAGAAAGAGUUCAAUAUUAUGCAUAUAAUUCUGCUUUAUCCAUUCCUUAUGUUUCCCCAAUUCUUUCUGAUGAUUUGGGAGGGUUGGGUGAAAUUUUUAUUACAUGUGGAAGUGGAGAACGAUUAAGAGACGAAUCAAUUUUGUUGGCUCAUAAAGCGGCAAAAACUCAUCCCGAAAUUUUUGAAUGUAAUAAACCAGGAGUAAGAUCUUAUCCUCCGACCAAAGUUAAUCUCAACGUCUAUGAAGCUAUGCCACAUGUAUUUCAAUUAUUCUUGUUUCAUCCAGCGGCUACUGAUGCAAUUAAGCGUACGGGUGCUUUUGUACGAAAAAUUAUACCUGAACCAUCAAAUGAUGCAUCAAGUUGCUCUUCAAAUUCAUCAUUUUCAUCGCCACAUUCAUCUUUUUCAUCAACUCAUAAGCAACGAGAAAAAGAUGUUCCCACAAACUUAACCGGCUUAAAACAAAAGAAAUCAUCAUCAUCAAUAUCAUUACAAGAUUAUUUUGAUGAGGAACUUGACGAAAAUGAUGAUAAUGGAGAAGUAAAUUAUUUUACUAAUAAACAUAUUGAUGUUAAAGGAAAUUGUAAACGAACAAAUGACAUGUUGGAUGAAGGUACUUUACGUGAGUGGGUAAAUAUGUUGGGGAAAUUGCCUGAUUUAGAAGCUCAUCCAGAAUUUAUGGAUAUUUAGAUAAUAAUAAUAAUAAUAGAUUUAUUUCCCCUAUUUUAUAUAUACAGUAUAUAAUUUUACAAAACAAACUUUAAAUUUUUUUGUACAGUUUUUUUUUUUUUAAAUUUUUAAUUUACUUUUAAUUUAAUUUUAGUAAUUUUUUUUUCCAAGUAGAAUAUUUUACAUUAAUAAUAUUAAUGUGUGGAUGUUCAAAUUAUUACAGUAUUUCUGUUCGUAAUAUAGUAGGUAGUAUCAGCGUAGAAAAAAAAAAAAUUAAUUAAUAUAAUAAAUAAAAUGCCUCAAUUUGGGGUUUAAUCCGUGAGACGU